AUGGCUUCCCCAAACCUCUUUAUAGUUAGUCUCUUCUCAUUUAUAUUAGCAUAUCUUAUCCAAACAUCUUUUGAAGCCGAUCCACUUUUUCAUUUUUGUUCAAACUCGGGUAACUUCACGGCCAAUAGCCCAUAUGAGUCAAAUUUAAAAACACUCAUCAACUCACUUAUCUACAAAACUCCUUCAACCGGUUUUGGCAUUGGAUCAGCAGGACUAGUCCAAUACCAAAACCAACAAGUAUAUGGACUCGCUCUUUGUCGUGGCGAUGUCUCAGCUUCAGAGUGCAAAACUUGUGUCACCGAGGCUCCUAAAGAAAUUCAAAAUCGUUGUCCAUACAACAAAGGCGCCAUCAUAUGGUACGACUAUUGUUUCUUUAAAUACUCGGAUACAGAUUUCAUCGGCAAGAUCGAUAACACCAACGUAUUCUACAUGUGGAAUGUGAAUAUUGUUGAUGACCCUACCACGUUUAAUAUCAAGACUAAAGAGUUAUUGAGCCAGCUUGCAGAUAAAGCUUCGUUGAAUCCUAAACUGUACGCAACGGGAGAGGUAAAGCUUGAGAAUUCAAAGAAACUUUAUGGAUUAACUCAGUGCACUAGAGAUCUUUCUAGUGUUGAUUGCAAGAAGUGUCUUGAUGAUGCGAUUAAUCAACUUCCAAAUUGUUGUGAUGGAAAAGAAGGAGGGAGAGUUGUUGGUGGAAGCUGUAACUUUCGAUAUGAGAUAUACCCAUUUGUCAAAGAGUAA